CUUGUGCUGUUUUGUCACCGUCAUAAGACUCGCGACGCGCAGCGCACCACGCCUCUCCGGCGGUCGUUUCCUUUACCUCACCGCGUAGAUAUAUAUAUACUUGUUCUUCCUUGUAUAGUUGUGUAUAUAUCUAUAGAUUCGAAUCGUUUGAAUUACACAGUGAAUCGCAGAAAGAGAACCCAAAAUUGAAUUAUUAUGGUGAAAUCCGUAGAGAAUGGGGUAUCGGUGCCGCCGUUCCUGCUCAAGUGCUACGAGAUGGUGGACGACGAGUCAACGGACGCGCUCAUUUCUUGGAGUCAAAGUCAACCGUCGACCGCAGAUGGUAACAACGAUAGCUUCAUCAUCUGGGAUGUGUCCAACUUCUGCUCUCAAUUGCUCCCCAAAUAUUUCAAGCACUCCAAUUUCUCUAGCUUCGUUCGCCAGCUCAAUAUCUAUGGUUUCAGGAAAGUUGAUACAGAUCGAUGGGAGUUUGCAAAUGAUAAAUUUGUCAGAGGCCAAAAGCAUUUACUAGCAAGCAUUGUAAGAAGAAAAAACUCCCAGAAUGUAGUGCCAAAGAUAACUACACAGCAGGAGGUGACAAAAUCAUCGACAACUGAAGAUGAUAAGAGGCUUGCAUUAUGGAAGGAGGUUGAAAGCCUGAAGAUUGAUAAGAAUGCACUUAUGCAGGAGCUGAUUAAGCUUAGACAACACCAGCAGACCUCGCAAAGCAGGUUGUUGCUUCUACGAGAACAAGUGAAGGGUAUGGAGAAAAAUCAGCAGCAGAUGCUCUCGUUCAUAGUAAUGGCCAUGCAAAACCCAGGCUUUUUGCUCCAAUUUCUGCAGCCAAAAGAAUAUAAUUGGCUUAUGGCCGAGACCGGUUCAAAUGUUCUAAGCAAAGUUGAUGAUAAGUGUGAGCUCGCCCCUUCCAAUGGGAUGAUGGUAAAGUAUCAGCCGCCACUACAGCAUCAAGUUGCUGAGCCAAUAUGCAGUGACCCUACUUCAGAUCCCGAGAAAUCUAUGGAACACGAUUUUUCUUCAAAUGAUAUCGAAGAAAAUGAAGAGACGGGUAGGAAUAAUGCAUCAAGUGAAGAAGUUGAACAUAACUCUGAGCUCACCCCAUCUAAUGGAAUUUUAGUAAAGUAUCAAUCACCGACACAUCAAGUUGCAGUGCCAAAAUGCAUUGAGCCUACUUCUUAUGCUGAGAAAUCAACGGACCUGGAUUUUUCUUUAGAUGAUAUUAAAGAUCUCUUCAAGAACAUAGAUAUCUUCCCAGGGCCAUUCGAUGAGGGAUUUCUUCCUUCCGAAAACAGUGAUCCGUUUUCAAUUCCUGAUAUGCUCGACGGGGAUGAUGUAAUGGAUAUGCUUUUGUCCAGCCCAAUCUCAGAAAGAGAAGAACUAGAAGACGGUAUAGGUGAAGGCGGGACAACUGAAACUCCCCCGCAUACCACUCAUGCAGGUAACUUUGAGGGCAUGGAUACGCUAACGGAACAAAUGGGUCAUACAAAAUUUUGAUAUUAGUUUCUGUGGAGACACUGUGUCAUGUAUUCUUUUUGGCUUCAAAGCUAGUUUUGAAGCUUGGAGGGAAAUUUUGCAUACAUUAGUGGCCAUGGUUUUAGGCAUAUUGGAUUAUAUACACUAAUAUACUAUUUUAACCAGAGACAGAAAUGGGUUAAUUGUUGUUACUAUUUUUGUUACAGGAGUAAAGAAUCUAUGUUCAGUUGUA